AUGGACAGCGCUGAGAAAGGCGGUAAAAAGUUUAUGCCAGAUGGAAUACCAAGAGAAGGAAAGCAGCUGCCUCCCUUCGAGGCUUAUCUCGACUACCAGCGCGACUUAAAGGAGAAUGCAGUGGAGCGGGCCAUGGUUCAGAUCAGGAAGCUGAAGGAAAAGAACCAGAAGUUCCAAGAAAGGAACAAACGCUUGAAGGAGGAACAGAAGUGGCACAUAAAGAACCUGCUGAAAGAACUGAGCGAGGAGCAGGCAGAAAGAAUACCAGCCGUGACGAGAGAGGAUGUGGAAGAGGCAAUGAAGGAAAAGUGGAAGUUUGAAAGAGACCACGAGGCCAACUUGAGAACAAUGCGCACACAAAUAAAUAACACUGAGAAGCGAUUUCUUGAAAAGCUCAGUGAAAAGGAAUACUGGGAAGAGUACAAGAAUGUAGGGAGUGCACAGCAUGCUGAGCUCAUCGUUUCCUUACAGAGCGACAUCGACAAGGUUAAAGAAAACGCAGAGAAAAUGUCAGAACAGUAUAAAAUCACUCUGGAAGAUACUAGAAAGAAAAUAAUCAGAGAAACAUUGCACCAACUAGACCAAAAGAAGGAAUGGGCCACACAGAACGCUGUGGGGUACAUUGACAGGAGCAACUAUCGAGAGAUCUGGGAGAAUGACUGGCUAAAAAAAGAAAUUAAAAUUCACAGGAAGGAGGUUGAAGACCUGGAAAGGACUAUUCAUCAACUAGAAAAGGAAAAUUUGGUGCUUAUUGACCAGCUGUUUAAGUGUAAACUUGUGGAUCUCAAAAUACCAAGGAAACUGUAUCUCACUCAAGCAGCUGGGCUGCAAGUGACAGAGGAAGACAUGUCUUUGAAAUUGCCAGAGAAGGACACAGAGGAGAAACUGCCCUCUGAAACCGAGAGUGGAGAUAUGCUGGACCUCCCACAGGAAAGCAGCCCGGAAGUCAAGCAGAAGGAAGGAGAGGACGUCCCCGCCAAAGAGGACUCCGUCACAGAGGGCUCUGUCAUUCAUUACUUACUGCACGAGGAUGAGCAGGACUUCAAGGAGUAUGUCAACUUGGGCCCAAUGGCAUUGAAGCUAAUGGGUGUGGAAGGCAAGAAAAUGCCCAUUUAUCUCCAAAAGAAGGAAAUGCGGCUCAGCUUUUAUGAAGACGUCCAGAGCCCCGAAAGCCAUAUCACACAUACGAUGAUGAAGACGUUUCUCUAG